AUGGAGGACGCCUGUAGUCCUGGAAAUGCCACCCCCAUUCCAACGGUACCCACCGUUUCCACAUGCUCCAAUGGUCGCAGCUUCCGCAAUGCUGUCUGUUUGCCCAGUGCCUGCCACAGCAGGACAUGGCAACUAGUUACAUGUCAAGAAAAUCAUCAGCCACCCAGCAGUACCCCCAGGGGCUGUGAGUCCACUUGUCAAUCUACCUGCUUUCCAGAAACUUCUUGUGUGGGUUUUCUCUGCCAACCCAUACGCUCCCACAAAGCCUGCUGUGAAUCCAGCAAUGGGCAGUCUCCGUGUCCAGUUGCCUCGUGCCAGCCAUUCGGCUCGGAAUCCAGUGGUUGUCAGACAAAGUCCUGUGAUGCCAGCUCCUGCCAGAAACCUGUCUGCACAUCUGUAUCAUGCCAGACCACUUGUGGCCAACCAGUCUGCUGUGAUGCUAAAUCCUGCCAGCCAUCCUGCCCCGAAGUAACUUCCUGUGCGGAAACAUCUUGCCUUCCAAUCAUCUGUGAGGCAAGACCCUGUGAACCAGGCUGCUGCCAAGGAGCUUCGUGCCAACCCACCCGAGGUGAAGGCCAAUCUGGCAAAUCCAUUUAUUACCAACCCAUCUGCUACGUUUUCAAACCUUGCCAACCAGUUCCCUGCCUGCCUGUUUCCUGCCAGCCUCUGACUUGUAUGUUCAGUCCUUGCAACCCUGCUUGUUCUCCGUGUCAGCUGCUUCACUGUCAAACAGUUCCUUCCACACCUUGCGUCUGCCAGCCUGUGACACACUGCCAGUCCCCUUGCUUUGUGAAGAGCUCUUGCCAAUCAUCUUCCCAAGGCACUGUACUUUCUAGCCAGCCAUCUUGUAGUGGACCCUCUUCCUGUACCUUAAAUGGCUGCAAAUCCCCUUCCUGCCAGCCAGCUUGCUGUGUAACAGGUGUAGGCAAGUCCGCCAGCAAUGGUUCCAAUUGCUACUGCCCAGAAUCUCCCAGCACAGGCAAAGUAAGCACCUGA